CGGGAGGAAGCCGAGCUGCCCCAGAGCCACCAGAAACCACGGAGCCCCGAGGGCUGGGGGUUACCGCUGCUCCUCUGGUACCUGGCCUUCUACAAGCCCAUCAUCACCGAAGGUCACCUGAGGAGGAAGAACAUCGAGUUCAUCUUCAUCCGUUUCAGCGCCUGGCAAUACGCCGGUUGUGACAAGCUCUGGGCCGGUUUGGUCACCACUCUCUGCGACAGUAUCCGGCAUCAUUUCGGGGCUCUGCCCCUCAGCGUCUACCACGUCAUGGGCUCCCGACCCCGCUUCGCCUCCGGUUUCAGCCAGAAGGAGUGGGUCCUCAAGACGGACACCUGCCUCAAACUUUGGGGGAUGCUCUUCGUCCUGGCCGCCGGCCUCAGCAUCCUCCUGGUGGCCCUCUUGGUGCCCGGCAUCAAGGACCACCACGCUUUGAAGGUGGUGGGAAGCGCCGUCACCUCGCUCUCCGGUUCCGGUUUGGCUCUGGGAGCUUUCUCCAUCCUGAAGAACCUGUUGAUCAGCGAGAAACAGAAGAUCGAACGGUUGACCAACAGCGAGAAGUUCACCAGCCAGCUGGGCUUCAUGAGCAAGGUGCGCAACGAGGUGGAGGUGCUGGUUGACUUUUUGGCCUUCAUGGAGAUCUUCGAGCGCCGCCGGCUCCGCGUGGUGCUGGAGAUCACCAGCCUGGACAUCUGCUACCCGGAGAAGGUGGCUGGCGUCCUCAACGCCAUGAACACCUUGCUCUCCGAAGCCAACACCCCCUUCAUCUUCAUCCUGGCCGUGGACCCCAGCGUCAUCGUCCCCUGCCUGGAGCAGACCGGCUGCAUGAAGGGUCUCGCCGACAACGGUUACCUCUACCUCAACCGGACGGUGUCGUUGCCCUUCUCCAUCCCGGCGAUGGGCGCCCGCUCCCGCCUGCGAUUCCUGGAAGCCGCCGUCCAGACGCGGGAGGACCUCAUCCCAGGAGAAGGAGUUGAGUCAGCCCAGAAGGAAUUAAUAAAUUCUAACACCAUCCUCUAA